CAUAAAACUCCACCGGAAGAGAGGAGAAGAGAGAUGAAAAGAGAAGGCCGGCUUUUGCUGCAUAAAACUCUCUUCACGUCUCUUCUUUGCGUCUUUAUCUUUGCCGCACACUGACUCCUUCAAUUCUUACCUGUUAAUUUUCAUUUCCCUUUUUAUUCCAAACCAAAUCUUUUCCCUGACAACCCUUUCCACACAUGCUUGUUUUUUGCAUUUUGGGUUUCUUCUCUGCCCAUUUUGUCUCUUUUUUUAUGACCCCUUAAAUGCUAUGUUCUUUGCUUUUCACUUCAUUAUUUGAAUGUAGUUUCUAAUGUUUUCGAUGGUUAUUUUCUGACAAUAAUAAAUCCCACAAUCUUCUUUUUUUUUUCUCUGUUUUAAUCUUCCUGUUUUGCAUGAUUUCUUGUUGUUUGCUUUGAAAAUUUUCCAAGAAAUGGCUGUAGAACUUUGCUCAGAGAAUUCUGGUACGAGUCCAAGGAUUUCAUUUUCUCAUGAUCUUUGUCAUUUUGAUGUUGUGCCUGUCGAGCAACGCCCUCUUAGAUCAAAAUCUUCAGGCUUGGAUUCAAGCAUUGAUUUCGACUUCUGUGUUCGUGAAAGCUUUGAACAAGAAUCAUCAUCUGCUGAUGAGCUUUUCUCUGAUGGGAAAAUCCUUCCUACUAAGAUCAAGAAAAAAGAUGUCCCUUCUAAACAGACUGAUCAAUCUUUACCCCCACAGCCAUUGCCACGAUCAAAUUCUGUUCAUGAGGAAGCCAAUAAUGUUACUGACAAUUCGAAGAAAGAAAGCUGGAAAGAGAACAAGAUUACGCGGGAUGAAACAGUUGAUGAAGUUGAUGAGAAGCAAAAUUCCAAGUCAUUUUGGCGUUUCAAAAGGAGUAGCAGCUUGAAUUGUGGAAGUGGAUAUGGGCGAAGCUUAUGUCCUUUGCUACUUUUAUCAAGAAGCUAUUCAACUGGCUCUACACCAAAUGUCAAACAAGCUUCGAUUUCGAAAGAUUCCCAUAACCAUAAGCAGAAUUCACAUAAACAUGCUAACUCUUCCUCUUAUAAGUCUUCAACAAGUUAUCAGAAACCUCCAUUGAGGAAGAGUUAUAAGCCUUACGGUAAUGUUGUUCGAGUUAAUCCUGUUCUCAAUGUUCCUUCUGGGAAUCUGUUUGGUUUAGGUUCAAUCUUCUUCAAUGGCAAAGAUAAGAAUCACAAGAAGAAAUGAUUGAUAAU